AUGAGGUACUCCGUGAUAUUUCUUCUGUCUGUGUUAUGCCGCCAUCCUCUGCUUGCAGCAGGCCAGUCAAAAGCUGCAGCGGCAUACGCUCCGGAACUGAUACCAUGUCCUUCUGGUGUUUCACUCGUCCGGGAUGCAGGGAGCGCCGACCAGUCUCUGAGUGACGGGGAGGCUGCUUAUGUCUCUGCGAAGCAAAAGAAAGUGCUUCCCCAAGCUUGGCUGUCUUAUCUCCAGACAGUACUGGAAGCCAAGAAUGCCGAUUCACUCCCGGCGUACGUUUCCGAAAUCCUAGCCGGGCAGUAUGGCGAAGAGGCAUACCCGCGCUUCGCAAUCGCGACAAGCGGAGGAGGAUACAGGGCAGCGACAUUUGGAGCGGGCGUCCUGAAUGCUCUGGACGGCCGUAACAGCACAUCCGUGCUCGCAGGCACCGGCGGGCUCCUGCAAGCCGCAACUUACCUGGCCGCUUUGUCGGGUGGAAAUUGGCUCGUCAGUUCCCUUGCACAAGCAGACUUUCCGACUCUCCCGAAUCUUGUCUUCGGCCCCGAUCAGACAUCGGCCAAUGGCUACGGGGGAUGGCUUGCUGAUUUCGACCUGUUGAGCCCGAGCAGUAACGUGACGCUGGACGAUGAAUACGUUCUUGACAUUUUGAAGGAGAUCGAGGGGAAGUAUGAGAAGGGGUUUCCCGUUACGGUGACCGACGUGUGGGCUCGCGCCCUUUCGCGACAUUUUGUGAACGGCACCACCGCUACAAACUUCUGGGACCCCGAUGAUACGCACGGUGCUGGACUGACAUUUUCAUCCAUUUCCACGUUGGACACAUUUACGAACUAUACCCAGCCGUUCCCAAUUCUCGUUAUUGAUACGCUGUCACCGAAUGGCAAUAAUUCGAAUAUACUCAGCGGUGGCAAUUUCGUCCCGCUCACGAACCCUAUAUACGAAGUCAAUGUUUAUGAGUUUGGCUCGUUUGACCCCAUGCUAGCCGCCUUCACGCCGACAGAAUACCUUGGUUCUCCGAACAAUAGUAUUUGCGCAACUGGCUUCGAUCAGAUCGCGUUCAUUGAGGGCCUUUCAUCGAACCUGUUCAACGAGUACAAUACCUCAGCCACUACCCUGAAGAAUUCAUCCAUAUACGAAGUAGUCGAAUUGCUCGCUGAGUACUUGCCAGAAUCCGACGUCGAACUGGCGGUUGGGCUGGUGCCGAACGCAUUUUACGGCUAUUCGCCCGAAACCUUCAUUGACAGCAAUGAGACUCUACUCCAACUUGUAGAUGGCGGCGAAGACGGUGAAGUGGUGCCUUUCAUGCCUCUUCUGGUGAAGGCCCGUGAAGUGGAUGUGAUCUUCGCAAUUGAUGCUGCCUCAGACACUGAUGACCAUUGGGCAGAUGGUAGCUCAAUAAUCGCGACCCAAGACCGCGUAGCAUUCUUCCCCGGGACAUAUUCAUUCCCAUCGGUGCCAACCUCGGCGUCAGAAUUCACAGCGCAUGAUCUCACCAAACGGCCCACUUUCUUCGGUUGCAACAGUUCGGAGGAGUCAGAUGAACCGCUCGUUAUCUACCUCGCGAACGGUGGCGCACCUCUCGGGCAGAUGCCUGUCACAAAUACGAGCACGGAACAGAUGCAGUACACGGCCGACGAGCUCCAGGCAAUGCUCUCGCAGACAUUCGACGUCGCCACGAAAGGCAUCGCUAUCCCAGUAGAUGAGGGAAAGAGCUGGGAGAAGGAUUCAGAGUGGCCCGCCUGUCUGGCUUGUGCGAUCGUUGACCGCUCUAGACAGCAGCAGGGCAUUGAGCGAAGCGGGCUCUGCCACGGAUGCCUCGAGAAGUACUGCUGGAGUUAA